GGUGGUGGCUACCAGCGCCGCGCAGAGAUCGACAGUCAGCCUCAGCGGCGCGAUCGAGCGCCCCGCCCCUUGCCCAGGCCGCUGCCGGGCGCGGUGCCUUGCGGGAGGGGCGCGGGCGGCCGGCGGGACUACAUCUCCCGUGAGGCUAGGCAGCCAUUUGUGUGCGCGGCGCCUCAUGGGAAAUGCAGUCCCGCCCCUUGCCGUUCUCCAGGACUAAUGGGUGUGAGCGGACUACAACUCCCAUCAUGCACCGCGAAGGCGAGGCCCCCUCAGACCCGCCGGUUUUAUUUAUCAUGCUCCUUUGCGCCUCCCGCGCUCUUAGCCCCGCCGAGCCGCUUUGCGUCAUGGGAAAUGUAGUCCGGUCCCCGGUCGUGCUGGGGUAACAGCUGGGCGGCCUCUGCGCUGCCGCAUGGGAGCUGUAGUCUCUCGCCUUGUUCUGACCUGGGGGCGGGGCUGAGGGGACCACAGCUCCCGUCUUGCCCCGCGGGGCCGGGCUGGACCGGUGGAGGAAGUGACGUCAGGGAGAGGGCCGCGCGCGCGGAGGCUGCUGGGUAAAAGCCUCAGAACGGCGGGGGGCUCGGUUCUGGUUCCGGGUCAGAGGUGAGGAGUUGCCGGGACACGAUGCUGAUCAAAGUGAAGACGCUGACUGGGAAGGAGAUCGAGAUCGACAUUGAGCCCACAGACAAGGUGGAGCGGAUAAAGGAGCGUGUGGAGGAGAAGGAGGGGAUCCCACCCCAGCAGCAGCGUCUCAUCUACAGCGGCAAGCAGAUGAACGACGAGAAGACUGCGGCCGACUACAAGAUCCAGGGUGGCUCCGUCCUCCACCUGGUCUUGGCUCUGCGGGGGGGGCAGCUACGGUGAUGGGACCCCCCUCCUGGAGCAACAGAGCCCCCCACACGUACCCCCUGCUCUACUAGCGCUGUCCGGAUGGCUGCUUCCCCCUCCCCCAUGGACUCUCAGUGUGGGUGGCCGUCCGUGGGGGGCUGGGGUGGCGUGGCUGUAGCAGUGGCCGGCGCUCGGGGGUCGCCGUUGGUGUCUUGUUCCUUGUGUUUGGAUCGCUGAGUGUUAAUAAAGGUGUCUCAGUGCA